AUGUCUGCUUCACUCAACGGCGUCCAGCCGACGCUCUCCGCUCUCCUAAUCGACAUCUCCGGCACGUUGCUCAUUGGAUCGGCGCCGACGCCCGGCGCCGCCCGUGCACUUGCCCGUCUCCGUGCCGCACGCGUCCCCUUCCGAUUCUGCAGCAACACAAGCAAGGAGUCCACGCAGGAGAUAUGUCGGCGCUUGGCGGAAUUAUCGAUGCACGUCCUCCCAGGUGAGGUGUGGACAAGCAUCGGCGCUCUCAAGGGGGUUUUGAGGGACACCGGCGUGCGGAGGCCAGCAUACCUGCCUUACACGCUACUCUCGCAAUCCGCACGCGCAGAAUGUCUGGGUAUCGAUUCCGGAAUGACAAACCAUCAUUCACAAGAUGACACUAUAGAGCCAUAUGACGCUGUCGUCGUUGGGCUGGCACCCUCAGUGUUCGACUACGAGCAUCUCAACACCGCAUUUCGCAUUCUCGUCAGAGAGCAUCAAAAUGACAAACAGCUUCUCGAGGCGUCGCUGUCGUCGCCUACGUCUAAACCGCCACUCAUCGCACUACACAAAGCACGUUACAUUCAGGCCUUCGAUCGCGCACUGUCUCUUGGGCCAGGCCCAUUCGUGGCUGCUCUCGAAGAAGCCUCAGGCACCCGCGCACUGGUCGUAGGUAAACCGACAAAAUUGUUUUUCGAGACUGUCAUCAAAAGUUUUCAGGGAGGUAACAUUGGUGAUGGUGGUGGUGGGAGGAUCGCUGUGAUAGGGGACGAUGUUUCUGCGGACUUAGGCGAGGGUGCCAUCGAGCUUGGGUUGUGGAGGGUCCUAGUCAAGACGGGAAAGUAUCGUGCAGGCGAUGAAUCACGCGAGGGGGCAUAUCCCCCAGAUGAAGUAUGCGAGUCCUUCGCAGACUUCGUCGAUCGGUUCCUCGAUCAGGAUCGUUUUCUCCAAUCCACGUUUUUCAACUGCUCCAGGGACGAGACUGAGGUUGGGGCUGUCGGCCGAGGGAGUCCUUUGGAGUAG